AUGGACUCCGAGGAUACAAGAGAUUGCGUCAUCUGUCUAUCCGCACUGCCCACCCAAUCUACCUUAACCUGGGACUGUAACCAAUGCACCUGGUGUUUCGAAUGCAUUUCCGACGGCAUAACCUCUUCGCCUCGAAAGUCAGACUGGCCACAAAACUGGUGCGGACACGAUCACCCUACUCCAAUUCCUCUCAGAAGCAUACUCGAAAAAGCCAAAAAGCACAUACCUGCCAACGUCUAUACGAAAUGGUUUGAGAAGCAAGAGCAAUGGAGCCAAGUCAAAUGUCCUCAUUGCUGUAGAUGGACACACUCAGACCAUAUCACAGAAGGAAGAGUGCUGGAGUGUCCGACCUGCAACAAAAGCGUGUGUAUCGAGUGUGGAAAAUUGGCUCAUGAGGGCCAAUGCAGAAGAACGAGAAAGGAAGACCUCAAAGCAGUGUUGAAUGCACUCAGACAUGAAGGUGCUGCCAUGUGCCCCAGAUGCGGGUUUGUUGCUGGCCGUGCAAAGGAUGGCUGCAAUCAGAUUACCAGCCCUAAACCCUGCUCGCAAGUCUUCUGUUUCAAAUGCUCCAGAGACUGGAAACUUUGCAGGGGACUGUGCAAAGGUGGUGGUGCUGCAGAAGUCCUGGAAAAAGCGACGCAGGCUGAGAGCCCGACUGAAGUCUAUCACGUCUCUGGAGUCUCGGGGGCUCAAGCUUCUACAGUCAAGGGGGAUAGUAAAGACGAUGAAGCAUCCGCAGACAGCGAUGAGGACAAGAAGACCAAGUUGGAAGGAAAGAAGAAGAAACGCGCGCAUUCGCCAGAUCCAUUGUUCGAGAGGUUCUCGAAGAAGGCCAAAACUAGGGUCGAAGAUGAAGAGGACAAGGAUGAUCUCGAAAUAGACUCGGAUGCCAGCGACGACGAAGAAGACAAAGUUGCUCACGACGACGACAAUGGCGAGUUUGAGUUCGAUAUCGAUGAGGACGACGAGUAUGGGUCUGAUGAUGGCGAGGACGGAGAGGAGGACGAGGAGGAGGAAGAUGGAGAGUAG